UAUUUUUUAUUAAGUAUAAUUGCUCUAUUAGCAAAAUGUCAGAUGACGAGACAGAUGAAGGCUACAAUGAAUUUAUCAAAGAAUAUGGAUCGAGGUAUGAAUGGGAUAAUGAAGGAAAUCCUGAAUUUAUACCAGAUCUGCCCAGUGUAAGAAAUUCAACAUCAUUAUUCCAUGUACUCUUACAAUCUGAUGUUAUUUAUCUUCCACAAAUAUUGAGCCUAAUAGAAUUGCCAUAUUAUUCAUAUGAACUUCGAGAGGAAAUAUGGCCGGAUGGUAUUGAUAAAAAUGAGAUUAAGGUAGAUGACAAUGCAGAUGAGAUAAAGAGAUGUAAUGAUGUUAUCAAGCUCUGUAAAAAUCAUCUUAGAGAAUUAUUCCAUAAAGGAUUGUCAUCAGAAAAAAUGCUUAUUCAAGCUGAAAAGGAAAAUGCGCCUGAUUUUAUUACUGCAUUUAGUGAUUGUCUUAGACAGACCGCAAACGCCUUCGCUGUUGAUAUUGAUAGUGGGAAGUUGGUUAGCCACCUCAAGGACGCUAUUAAGGCAAAAAAGUCACCAGAGUUCGACAAUUUUCCUGCAGACAAGCUCAAGUUAUGGAAGGUGACGAUCCCUGGCGAUCAGGACAAUCAAUUAAAAAAUCUAAUACUCGAGGACAGUGACGAGCUGUUGGCAAUAAGAAAGAUUUUGAAAUACUUCCCUGACUCACCUCCCGAGGAACAUAUUCAUGUCAUAGUCUCUCCACCAGAGGCCACCGCCACUUCGAGUCGAGAGCAGGAAUUACUUAAGGAAGUCGUCUCACUUCGUGCAUUGAUCAACAAGUCCACAUAUGACUUCGACGUCAUUGUUAGACCGAAACAGAAGGCAAACAAGUGGAGUAUAAAUAUCGAGCAAGCAAGCCUCAAAGACCUCAAAGAUUAUAUACGUGAAAUGUACAAACCACUAGCGCUUGAAAAUGAUGGAGCGGUACUCAACUUCAUGAAUGGUGGAGAUAGAUAUUCACCUAGAACUGAUCCCUCAUUCCGAGAAAUGUUGCGGUCGCUAGUUUCAAAAAACAACCCUAAGUUUACCGUAUUCAUUGAGACGCCAUCAAAACCAUUCAACUCCUGGACCUUUCCGAAAGUGUGCGAACUCUAUGGGCUUAGCGAUGACCCGAAUCCUAGUAUUGAUGUAUAUCCAGUUUUUCAAUGCGGAUGUGCUAACACUAAGGAGAAAAAGUAUAAAGAAGCGUUGCGUAAACUUUUGAUGAAUUGGAAACUCGUGUCGCGACAACCCCCAUUGACGUGUCCUAUGAGGCCACAAAAAGCAUCUAUUCCUAUUCCUUUCUCACCUCAGCAACUUAUCCAUUUAAAAGCCAAAUAA